GGAAAAUCUAUGGAAGGUAAUUCAACUCAGUUCAAUGCCUGGCAAUUUUCUCCGUUCCUCGUUCUCAUUUGGAACCAUGACUCCAGUUCGCGAAAAGAGGAGCCGUCUAGUCAGUGUGUGUUCGUCAUCUCAAAUGUGACCUUCAUUUACCUGCUUGCUACCGCUGUAAGCAGGCUGGCAUCGAUUGCGAUAGAAGCUUUAAUGUGAGGUUUCGUAAUGGUUUAGAUCUGGACAAUGACCCCGACAUUGUAUUCCCAGAGCGAGGCAUUUGGCCACGUCCAAUAGGGCCGCUUCAAUAUCACGAUGAAACAGUCGCCAUCAGAGAACUAUAUUGUGAACAAGGCCCAGAUACGUCCAUUCGUCGGCAUGGGGACUCAGAGCUAUUAUGCAAUUCCAGUCAUGGUCCCCUAAUUAACCCAUACCCGAGUCCUCAUCAGCUUGGGCUCUCGGUAUCGGAGCCAGCCUCCGUGAAUAGAACAUCUAUUGGCCCUUCUAUGCCACAGCCUUCUG